AUGGUUGUGGUGAAGCUCGAUGUAAAUGUUAAAGUGUCGGGCUGUGUCGCUCAAAUAUUGAGUGACUUUGUUGAUGUGAUUCCACCAGAAUUUCCUAAGAAUUUUCCACCACGAAGGGCUAUUGAUCACAAGAUAGAGUUGUUGUCGGGUUCAAUGCCUCCUGCUCAACCUCCUUAUCGGAUGGUACGGAUAGCUGAAGGUGAUGAGUCUAAAACUACAUGUGGUACGAGGUAUGGCUCAUAUGAAUUCCUUGUUAUACCGUUCGGGUUGACAAAUGCCCCUGCUACUUUUUGCAACCUGAUGCAUGAUGUGUUGCAUGAAUAUUUGGAUGACUUUGUCGUUGUCUAUUUAGACGACAUUAUCGUCUAUAGUCAGACCUUGGAUAAACAUAUGUCAUACUUGAUUAAGGUGUUGUCUCUUUUGAGGGAGUACCAGCUUUAUGUAAAAAUGGAAGUGUGA